UAAAAGUUAAUGGUGAGUACCAUGGAUACUUCAGAGGAGGGAAGGGGUUGAGACAAGGAGACCCAAUUUCACCCUGAUCUUUGUGUUAGGAAUGGAAUACCUCACAAGGUGUUUUAAAGAGGCUGCACAAAAAGACACUUUCUCUUUCCACCCCUUAUGUGCUAGAAUGAAUAUCAUUAAUUUGUACUUUUCUGAUGACUUCAUUGUAGUAUGCAGGGCAGAUACUAAAUCUAUUAAUUGUAUCAUGAAAGUUCUGGAGAAGUUCCAAAGAACCACUGGUCUGAAGAUAAACAAAAACAAAUCUGAGAAUGUUUUUGGAGGGAUAAAUCAAGACACAGAGAAGGAGAUGCUGAGGAUGGAGGAUAUGAAGCUAGGUCAGUUCCCUUUCACAUAUCUGGGAUCCCCCAUCACUAGUGCUAGAAUGAAAGUACAUGAAUGUGAUGCCCUAUUAGACAAGCUUUCCACCAGAAUUAUUGCAUGGGGCUCCAGACACUUUUCAUAUAUGGCUAGAAUAAGACUUAUUAAUUGAAUUCUGAUGGGGGUGGUCUAUUUUUGGUCUAGAAUCUUCAUUCUCCCCAAAAGGAAUAAUGAAGAAGAUUAUGGUAGUCUGUAGGAAUUUUUUAUGGGGGACACUCCUGAAUAUAAGAGGGUUUCACUGGUUUAAUGGGACGAGGUCUGUCAAAUGAAGAAACAUGGUGGACUGGGGAUCAAAAAUGUGGUGAAAUGGAAUAUAGCUACCAUUAUGAAGCUAAAUUGGGAUAUUGCAGGGAAAAAAGAUAUCCUCUAGGUGAAAUGGAUCCAUGCAAGGUACAUUAAGGGAUGGGAUUUCUGGGAUUACAGGCCAAAGCCUGAUUCAUGCCACUAUUGGAAAGAAAUGAUGAGGGUUAUAAACAAAUUUGCUGAUAUGCCAGAAGGGAAUUACAGUGUUAGAAAUGGGUACAGAUGGGUGCAAGGUGAUAAAAGUAAACCAGUGUGGAGGGAUUGGGCAUGGAAUAACCUUACCCCACCCAAGUUCAGAUUUAUAUUCUGGCUUUUCUAGAGGGGAAGAUUACAAACUAAGGACAGAAUUGGCAAGUUCUUGAACAUUGAUGAUAAGUGUGAGUUGUGUGAAAAAGAGGUAGAAACUUUGCAUCAUCUUUUCUGGGAUUGUGAAGCUGUACAACCAUUGUAUAAAGCUGUAAUGGGGGAAUUCCAUCUACACAUGAAUGCCAGCUCCAAGGAGAAUUUUGGGGAGGAAAUCCAGAAAAUAAGGGGAGGUAAUCCAAGGAGAAUAUGACUAGAACUUUGGGCAUCAUGCAUAUACCAUAUUUGGAAAUGGAGGAAUGAGAAAAGACACCAAAUCAAGAAAAAGGAUGAAGAGAUUAGCAGGCAAACAAUACAGUAUAUUAGAAGUUAUCUUAGUUGUAUGAAAGUGGUGUAAUACAAUUAUAGAUAUGGG